AUGACACCAAAGCAGCUUGCCUUUGGACUGCUUCUGCUAUUCUGCGUGGUAAAUCACCUCCAGUUGGCACACGCUGUCGAUGCAUGCAGCGUGUGCAAUUGCGGGGCAACGAUCGUCUCUUGUGAAGGCCGAACUCUCACAGCCAUUCCGAGCGGAAUCCCAGUCACCACGGUAGUAUUGCAACUGUACAGCAAUCAGAUCACCGGCAUUCCUGCAAACGCACUCACAGGCCUGACUGCGCUGAGAAUUUUACACUUGUACAGCAACCAGAUCACCAGCAUUUCUGCGAGCGCCUUCACAGGCCUGAUGUCCCUCAACCAAUUGUUUUUGUUUAGCAACCCCUUCACCACUUUGCCGCCUGGUCUGUUCAAGGGCUUACCAAAUGUCUUGUAUUUGACGAAUUUGUCAAACCGACUGUACCUCUAUCUGAGCCCCAACAACUUUACCUAUGGUGGAAAUACUGCCGCUCCACCCAGCACAUAUGGCGAUGCAGCCAAUCCCUACAAGUGUGAUACCGUCUGUGCCACCUGCUAUGCCUCAGGGAACGAUUCGUGUUGCGGGCCCAAUUGUCUGACCUGCACUUCGUCUGCUGCAUGUAAUCAAUGCUAUGACGGCUAUGGUUUGAUGAGUGGAUCCUGCGUUCCGCUUGCAUCCAUCGCCUCCGCCGCUUCAGUCGCGUCCACGCAAGCUGCCUCGGCUGCUUCGGCUGCCUCGGUCGCCUCAAGCAGAUCUGCAUCGAUCGCCUCUGCCUCGGUUGCUUCUGUUGCGUCUGCUGCGACAAAAGCAUUGAUCGCCUCCGUCGCUUCAGCUGCGUCUACACAAUCGGCCUCGGCCGCGUCAGUUGCAUCAACGAAAUCUGCAUCCGUCGCGUCAGUCGCGUCCGUCUCGGUUGCUUCCGCUGCGUCAGCUGCGACAUAUGCCUCUAUCGCAUCCACGCAAUUUGCCUCGGCUGCUUCAACCAAAUCUGCGUCAGCAGCCUCGAUCGCUUCAGCAUCGGUUGCCUCUGUUGCGUCGGCUGCGACAUAUGCCUCUAUCGCAUCCACGCAAUUUGCCUCGGCUGCUUCAACCAAAUCUGCGUCAGCAGCCUCGAUCGCUUCAGCAUCGGUUGCCUCUGUUGCGUCGGCUGCGACAUUCGCAUCUAUUGCCUCGGAUGCUUCAGUCGCGUCCACACAGUUUGCCUCAGUCGCCUCUAUCGCCUCAAUCUCUGUUGCGGCGGCUGCGACAGAUGCAUCUGUCGCCUCAUCCGCUUCUGCCUUGGCUGCUUUGGUUGCAUCUGUCGCCUCGGACGCUUCUGCCUCGGCUGCCUCAGUUGCCUCAACUAAAUCUGCGUCAGUCGCAGCGGUCGCCUCUGCAUCGGUUGCUUCUGUUGCGUCAGCUGCGACAAUUGCUACGAUCGCCUCUGACGCUUCAGCCGUGUCCUUCCAGUUUGCCUCGGCUGCCUCGGUUGCAUCAACCAAAUCUGUUUCAGCCGCCUCAAUCGCAUCUGCCUUGGCUGCUUCGGGUGCAUCUGUAGCGUCCUCCGCAUCGGCGUCUGCUGCAUCUGUCGCGUCCUCCAUUGCAACAAUCGGCGGUGGCUCCCAAGGAGGCUCAUCUUCCGCGGCUGCUGUCGCCGCUGCGGGUGCUUCAGUUGCAAUUAUCGCGAUCAUAGCAGUGGCGUUCCUCGUGUUGCGACGUCGCCGAUCACAGAGACGUUCAAUUGCGCGACCAAAGGACUCUGCUCGGCCUGUCUAUCAAGAGGCUUUGGAAAUGUCAAUAUCUCCUUCGACUGAAUCUUACAAAGGGGAUGACAGUUCGGCUCCCAUCGUGUACGACCAAAUUCAGCCAGAGCCGCAGGACCCUGCUUGCCCCAUCUAUCUUGAGGCCGAUGAAGUGACCAUCUCGCCCCUGAAUCACUCGACUCGAGCUCACACCGCGGAGAACACCUCAGCGUCCGCAGUACCAGCUCAAAAGCAGCCAGAACCAUUAUACCAAGCCAUGUCGAUAACCUCUACGGACGACUAUGCAAGCGUGUACGUUGAAGGCAGCAAUUCUCGUCACAUCCGUGAAGACUUGACCCUUGUCAAGCACCUUGCCAGUGGAAACUUUGGCGAUGUUGCACUGGGCCAAGUGCCGUUCAGCGUGUUGCCCCAACGAGCACAAUCCUUGCUUGGACCUGCAGCAUCCGACACGGUGCAAGUUGCAGUCAAGUCUCUCAAGUCUGAUGCAGACGAAAAAUCGCGCAAGGACUUUGAGAGCGAGGCGAAACUGAUGGCGCCGUUCGUGCAUCCGAAUGUCGUGCGCCUUCUUGCCGCUCUUGUCGAGUCAGAGCCCCAUCUCGUUCUGUUGGAGUUUGUGCAGUAUGGCGAUUUGCGCACCCUGCUGCAAAAGUCCAAGCUCCACUCGCUUUGGUGGACCCAGAACGAGCAGGUGCACGCCAUUCGCCAGAUUGCACUCGGCAUGGAGUACCUGGGCACGCUUCACUUUGUGCACCGUGAUCUCGCCGCGCGUAACUGCCUUGUGGGCCAAGGAAUGGUGGUCAAGAUUGCCGACUUUGGACUUUCUCGCGAGCUGACCGACGAGAACGAUUACUAUCGCAUGGAAACGCGCGGCAAACUUCCUGUGAAGUGGAUGGCACCGGAAACGAUCACUUUCCGCAAGUUCUCGUCCAUGUCGGAUGUGUGGUCGUUCGGCGUGACAGCCUGGGAAUGCUGCAGCUAUGGCACAAUGCCGUACCGCAAGAUGAGUGGUGCAGAGACCCUAGCCCAUGUGGAGGCGGGAGGUCGACUGCCCCAGCCAGAGUACUGCGCAACCGACCUAUUUAGCCUGAUGCUUAGUUGUUGGAGUCUUCUCCCAGAACUGCGACCAAACUUCACUCAGCUAGUGAAAGCUCUAGCAACCUUUGAGGAUGGGACGCCCAUCCGCGACAUUGGUGGAAUGUUGUGAAAAUAGACAUGUAGGACUCGGCACACUCAAUAAAUAAAAACAACAAUGUUGAACAAACCCGC